AUUUGAUAAUUUUUAGUUUUAUUUUAUUUGAAUUUAAACUUUGAAAACACGACCGAGCUUGAGCUUUAGGAGGAAGACCUGGACUUCCAAAGCAAUAAACUUAUCCGGGAAAUCACUAACCUACGCUGUUAUCAAAACCUACAAAAAUUAAAGCUCAAAGAUGUCCUCACCUUUUUGUUUCACUACUCUUGUUCUUUCUUAUGUUUUGAUUGCAUUCGUGGUUGUCAUUGUUCCAACUUUGGGUACUGGUUCAACCAGAUUGCCCACAACAUCCUCCCUAGAGAUGGAAGCAGAAGCUCUCCUCCGUACUGGUUGGUGGGAUGGGUACGUCAAUCGCACUUCAGAACAUUGCAACUGGCCAGGUAUAUCAUGCAAUGAAGCUGGGAGGGUCAUUCAAAUUUAUAGUACAAGGCUAGCGGUUAGUGGAAGCAUCUCGCCUGAAAUAGGAGCUUUAUCUUCACUCUUGUGCCUUGAUCUUCCUCACAAUGCUCUAGUAGGUGAGUUACCUCCAUCUCUCGGAAAACUUACACUCUUAGAAAAGCUCGACCUUUCCGGUAACUCUAUUAACGGUUCUAUCCCCCUAGACUGGGGAAACAUGAAGAGGUUGAAACAGUUGGACCUAUCCAAUAACCAAAUUCGUGGUCCUAUCCCUCCUACCUUGGCCAACUUAACCAAUUUAAAAAUGUUGAACUUAUCCAAAAACCAAAUUAUUGGUCCUGUCCCUUCUACAUUAGGCAACUUAACCAAUUUGGAAUUGUUGGACUUAUCCUUUAAUCAAAUCACUGGGGCAAUUCCUCGUGAAAUUGGAAACCUAAAGAAUUUGUCUGAAUUGAAACUAAGUAAAAACAAGCUCAAUGGUUCGAUCCCUUUGUCAAUAUUUAAUUUAUCCAGAUUGAGCCUUUUCUAUCUUGAUUCCAAUCUUUUAGAAGGUCCCUUACCACAAGAAAUGGAGAAUUUGAAAGCUUUAAGUUUCCUUGACCUCUCCAGUAACAAAUUGAUUGGACCUAUUCCAUCUCAAAUUGGAAAUUGCUCAGUGUUAGAAGGAUUGUAUUUGAGUAACAAUCAUAUAACUGGAAGCAUUCCCUUUGAAGUCUUCACUUGCCCUCAUCAUACUCUUGAUCUCAGUCAUAACUUCAUCGAGGGAGAAAUACCGCAUCACUUUCAUAACGAUCUUUACUUGAACGAUUUGGACCUUAGCCACAACAAUCUAACAGGCAUGAUUCCUGAAUCUUUUUGGUUCUUGGAAACUCUCAAUCUGUCCUAUAAUUCUCUAGAGGGACCUAUUCCAGAAUACUUGAGUUAUAGGUUUUCAUCUGAUUCAUUUUGGGGAAACAAGUAUUUAUGUGGAAACCUACCAGAUUUCUCUCCUUGCCCUUCUAAAUCAAGCAACAAGCUAAAAAUUGUUGAAAUCAUUCUUCCAGUUCUCUUUUUUUUGGCCUUCAUGGCUUUAGGAGUUUUACUCUUCCUUAGAUCCAGAGCCAAAGAUAACAUUCCUGAACCAAAUGUCACAAAAAAUGGAGAUUUAUUCUCAAUCUUGAACUUUGAUGGAAGAAUUGCAUUUGAAGAUAUCAUUGAGGCGACCAACGACUUUGACAUCCGAUACUGUAUUGGGACUGGAGGUUACGGUAGUGUUUAUAGAGCGCAGUUACCAAGUGGAAAGAUUGUUGCCUUGAAGAAACUUCAUCGUAGAGAAGCAGAGGUCCUAGCUUUUGACAAGAGUUUCAAGAAUGAGGCAAAAAUAUUAUCAGAAAUACGACACAAGAACAUAGUGAAGCUUCAUGGAUUUUGUCUCCAUAAUCGUUGCAUGUUUUUGAUUUACGAAUACAUGGCUCGAGGGAGCUUAUUUUGUGUUCUCGCCUAUGAUAACGAAGCAAUGGAGCUGGAUUGGAUCAAAAGAGUGAAGAUAAUCAAAGAUACAGCAUGUGCUUUAUCUUAUCUGCAUCAUGAUUGCCACCCACCAAUAGUUCAUCGAGACAUAUCAAGCAAUAACAUUUUAUUGAACUCCAAUCUUGAAGCCUGUGUCUCGGAUUUUGGCACAGCUAGACUCAUUGAUCCUGAUUCGUCUAAUCAAACAAUGCUUGUUGGCACCUACGGUUAUAUUGCACCAGGUCAAGUUUAUAAACUUUGAGUCUGUUUUUGUUUUGUUAUUCUACUUUGGGUUGUAAGUAUGCCUUGUAGGUAUUGAAAACUAGACCCCGAUUCUUAGACCAUAAUGAAAAUUGGCAUAUUAGCUAUUUUUCAAAUGCUUGUGGUUAAAGAUUAGCAACAGUUUAUGCAUAUAGUGCCAUGAAUUAUCAAGUGCUCAAGUUCUUUUGUUAUAAAGACUGCAGAUUUUUUAUUUUUUACAUGAUUUUAACGAUUAUAUUUUAAUUGCGUUUCUUUUGUUGUUAAAUGCAGAACUUGCUUAUACUAUGGUUGUAACUGAAAAAUGCGAUGUCUAUAGUUUUGGAGUAUUGGCACUUGAAACACUCAUGGGAAAGCAUCCUUGUGAACUCUUGGUAUCACUAUCGGCAUCAUUUUCCAAGAAUAUAAUGUUAAGUGAUAUUUUAGAUCCACGUUUAUCGCUUCCAAGCGAUCGAAGAGUUGCAAAGGAUAUUGUUUUUGCUGCAACAGUGGCCUUUGCUUGCUUAAGGUCGAACCCAAAGUUCCGACCAACAAUGAAGUGUGCGUCUCAAGAAUUUCGUUCCCGGAAAAGACCAGUGGCAGAUCGUCUCCAAGCUAUCUCUCUGCUGCAACUCAAGGAGCAUGAUCUGUAUAUGGAUGAUGAAGCCAAAAUUCAAUCUCAGAAGUCAGGGGAAAUUGUUGAACUCCAUGCUAGUUCUUCAACUUGAUUUUCAUGUGUAGCAUUAUUUGAUCUCUUCACUUCCAGUCUUUCCAUGCAAUAUCGGAUGCUUGGGGUUUGGUUUUGCAGAUCUAUGAUUAUCAAUAAUUCUAGUGAUUUAGAAACCAUUUCUUAUUAUUCAGUACUAUAACUGAAUUAAAUAAAACACUAUAACUGAUUUAUCUAUAAUGGUGUAAUUCAUUUUGUAAUUUGAUUAUUAUUUGAUGAAUUAAAUAAAUAUUAGUUAUGUUGAUCGAAA